AUGCCACAAAAAUGUUACGCAGUAUCGCUUAGUCCUGCUCAAUUCUGGCAAACUGAAAACGUUCUGAAUUCCAAGCUCCCCAUGCUCGCUGCUCAAAUUGUCUACACCGUAUUGGUGUCUCGUAUUUUCUUCUUUAUCUUAAAACCCCUCCAUCAACCUCGUCUUAUUUCGCAGAUCUCUGUUGGUUUCCUACUGACUCCACCAUUAUUAGGGAGAUUCCCAUAUGUUUUCCAUCUCCUUUAUCCAAAAGAAGGGGUCAUUAGUGUUGAAGUCUUGUGUAACAUUGGUGUCAUCUACUAUGUAUUCCUCAGUGGUUUGGAGAUGAACUUAAACACCAUUCUAUACGUAAAAAAGAAGCCUGCUAGCAUCGCAGUUGCUGGGAUCAUCUUUCCCAUAGUUAUGGCACCAGCAUUCUAUGCUCUUCAUCGAAAAUUUUAUGCCGGUACCAGACUUGAAGAAAGUACAAUUAAUUCUUAUUUACUUUGGACAUUAGUUAUCACUGUUACAGGUUUUCCAGUCCUUGCUCACACCCUUUCUGAGCUCAAGCUCCUUUAUACUGGUCUUGGCAAAGCUGCUUUAACAGCUGCCAUGAUUGGUGACACUUAUAGUUGGAUUCUUUUCACAUUGUUGGUUCCAUUUUCAAUUAAUGGUCAAAGAGGCACCUACUCAGUGCUAAGCACCGUGUUAUUCAUUGUUUUCUGCAUCAUUGUGUUACGUCCUAUGGUUGUAAGGUUUAUUGAUCCCAAGACAGAUAAGGAAGACUGGGAUUAUGAUCAAUUACUCUUUGUUGUGAUGGGGGUUUUCGCUUGUUCUUAUAUUACUGAGAUUCUUGGGUCACAUGGCAUUGUUGGGGCUUUUGUGUUUGGAUUAAUUUUACCUCAUGGGAGAUUUGCCGACUUGGUGAUGUCAGUUUCAGAUGAUUUUGGUAGCGGGUUUAUGGCACCGCUCUUUUUCUCAGGCAGUGGAUUUAGACUUCAGUUGAACUAUUUGUUUAACCAGGCACAUUGGCCAUUGACACUGCUUGUGGUGCUCUUGUUGUGUGUCCCAAAGAUUCUAAGCACUUUAUUUGCCACUUCUUUCUUUGGUAUGCGCACUCGAGAUGGUUUAGCACUUGGAUUGCUUCAGAAUACAAAGGGAGCCAUAGCACUCAUAAUGCUAAACAUUGCUUGGGAUAGAUUGAUUAUUUCUGAACCAACCUAUUGUGUUCUUACCUCCGGUGUUCUUCUUAUGACUGUAAUGGUGUCUCCCAUCAUUGAUGCCAUCUACAAGCCAAGAAAGAUAUUUGAGCAGAUCAAGCUAAAGACUAUACAAAAGCUAAGAGUUGAUGCAGAGCUCCGAAUUCUGGCAUGCGUCCACAAUAUUCGCCAUGCUACCGGCAUGAUCAACAUAGUUGAAUCUUUUAAUGCCACCAGAGUUUCCCCAAUGCAUGUUUUUGCCCUUUACCUUGUUGAACUUACAGCACGGGGUGCUGCCCUUGUUGCUGCACAUAUGGAGAGGCUUUGUAGCAAUCACGGAGAACAAAAUCUGACCAGAACACAGGCAGAGUUAGAAAGCAUCACCAAUACCUUUGAAGCAUUUGGAGAGGCAUAUGAUGCUGUGAGAGUUGAGGCCUCAAAUGUUGUGUCAGACUAUGCAACGAUUCAUGAGGACAUAUACAACUCAGCAAAAGAGAAAGGGACAAGCUUAAUUCUUCUUCCAUUCCACAAACAUCUAAAUUCAGAAGGUGCGCUUGAAACAACAAGUGCUGUAUACAAGGAUAUAAACCAAAAAGUAAUGCAAGGUGCACCUUGUUCUGUGGGAAUCUUUGUUGAUCGUGAUCUUGGGUCAUUGUUCAAAAUGAACAUGCGUAUUCUUAUGAUCUUUGUUGGAGGACCUGAUGAUCGUGAAGCCUUAGCUGUUGCAAGGAGGAUGGCAGGGCAUCCAGGAAUCAAACUAUCAGUGGUUCGGAUUCUUUUGUUAGAUGAAGCUGCAGAAGUAGACACUUCAGUUAAAGAGGAAGCACAUGGGUUGAUGUUUGGAGUAUUAGAUAGUGAGAAGCAAAAAGAGUUAGAUGAUGAGUAUAUAAGUUCAUUUAGACUUACGGCAGUGAACAAUGAUGAUUCUAUAUCCUACUCAGAGAUUGAUGUCCGUACAAGUGAAGAUAUUCCCGUAGUCCUCAAAGAACUAGACAAAAUUAGUUCCGAUUUAUACAUAGUUGGACAAAGGAAUUGUAGGAACUCUCGGGUGAUAUCAAAUUUAUUGGAAUGGUGUGAUUGCUUAGAACUUGGAGUAAUAGGGGAUAUUUUAGCAUCUGACAGUUUUGGUUCGCGCUCAUCUUUGCUAGUUGUGCAACAAUAUGGGUAUGGAGGAAUGAGUUUUGGAAAACAUCACAACCACAAGGCCACUAAUAAUGGUGAUUUUCAGCAGCUUGUAUUGAAACCACGCGUAGCUAACGAAGAAAUCUACAAUAUAGUAGAAGUUGGGAAAUAA